AUGCCUGAAGGUCAUCAAUCUCCUCCUCCUGAACGCCAAUCUGGCCGCCAGCUUCAGGAUCCUCCCGGAUCCGGCAAGGCAUCUGGCCUUAGCAAACCCAACGAGACAGAUCCCAAACAUCAACUCGAUUGUCUCACGUCGAACCCCAAAGGACCAAUGGACGACGCACUUGAACACAAGUUUUCCAAGGGAGAAGGAAACUGUGAAUAUUAA